UUCCAUUGUCCUCCAGAGAAUCGAAUAAAAUCCACAGCGUUCGUUAGUGGUCAAAAACGUCAAGGAUAUCUACAGUCUACCGUACCGACGGAAGGCAAGCAGUGAGGGGAUAUUGGAUGUACUAGUACUGUACAACCAUACAGCUCCCAGCAAAGCCUUUGUCAGUGGUCAAAGCUACCCCGCAGUAUCUGCGAUGGGGUAGCCAUGACACAGCAGCAGCAAGGAAAAUCAUUUAGCACCGCAGCCGCUCCUCAAAUGCCCACAAACUGAGCAAGCAACAAAGCAGCAACAAGCCACCUUCUAUUACAAACAGUUAGUCUAUCCUAGCUAGUAGCUAGCAAGCUAUUAAUAGUACGAGACUUGAAGACCAAGAUGAAGGAAAGCGCCAACGACAAGGAUGACAACUCCAACACCAACACCAACGGCAGCACUGAGGAGAGAGAUACUACUAGUACACGUAGUAGAGAUGGGGAUGUUGAUGGGGACGUUGAAUCUCAAUCUCAGACGCAAGCCUCAGCGGAUGUCUACGAUGUCUAUGCGGUAUCUGGAAUGGCUGGAAAGCUCCUGAUCCUGCAAGAAGAAGAUAUGCGCCAGCAAAGGAUGGCAAGGCAGCAGCAGCAGCAGCAGCAGCAGCAGCAGCAGCAGCAGCAGCAAGAUGUACCACCAGUGUCCCAACAUGUCCAACAUGUACAGGUAGAGCCACCUAUGACCCAACCUGCCCUUAAGCUGGAAAAUCCAGCAAACCAUGUAAGUCAAAAAAAUCAAGAUAAGGAUAAAGAUCAAGAGAAGACCACCAAGGAAGCAGAGUGGGAGAAGAGGCAGUUUCUUGAAACCAAGAAGCAAGAUGGGCAGCAACCAGUCAAUGCACAAAUUCCCGCAAUCCACGUUCCCAUCACUCCUACCACAAGUACCGGUACCAGUAUCAGUGUGACUACAAGCACAACUGACACUCAUAGUAAUAGGAACCACCAAGACAUGCUCGUAGGAGCGUUGGCCAUUGGAGGGAGUGGACUACCAGAACGCACUGAAGAAAUGUCCACAUCCUCAGUAGGUAGCAGCACCAGUGGUGCUACCGGUAGACACAACCAUGCAUCACAUCACGAUGGAACAUCACAUGCUUUGGACGAUCUUUCCGGGCUGGUCGAAGCAAAUCAAGUCGAUCCCAUGACGGAGAUGCCCCAAGCCGUGGCAGUCCUUGCACGUGAAACAAAAAGACCCAUGCCUUGGACUAGACAGGAUUGCUUUUGGGCCACCAUGGCACUGCUCUUCAUCGUCACUACCGUUGGCGUUGUGGUGGGUGCCGUUUGUGGAGCGGGCUUGUGUACUGACGGCACAAAUACUGUUCCAACGGCAGCAGCACAGACCCCAAGACAGAUUGAACAGGCACCCAAGAUUGAAGUUGUCAUUACCAGCCUCCUUGGUUGGAAGUACUUUGAACAGGUGGAACAAGAAGAAGCCUACGAUAGUGCCACUGCCGAGUUCAUGCUCGAAUCGAGAAAAAAGGCAUUUGACUGGAUUGUCAAUCAAGACCCCAUGCAGUUGGAAUUCGAUGCCACCAAUUUGGUGCAAAGAUUCCUUUUGGUACUCCUUUACUACCAAACAACAAGGCACCAGCCUUGGAAGAACUGCAACCCACCCAAAAACCUGCAGUCAUCUGGUCUCUGCUAUGAGCCAGAGCAAUUUGGUGGUAUUAUAAAGCCUGAUGGAUUUACUGGUGAAUUAACUGCAACCAUUUGGGGUGAUCAGUGGCUCACAAAAACCCAUGAAUGCAUGUGGGCCGGAGUCACAUGUGAGACUGUGCAAUCAAGAGAAAAGACAGUUGUGGGGCUAAACAUUUGGUGGAAUGAGCUCAAUGGCCCUCUCCCAUGGGAGAUCACACGGUUGUCUCAGCUGAAAAAACUUUUGUUGGAUGGCAAUAUGCUGACUGGAGUGCUACCUCCAGGACUACUACAACAAGAGUCUAGUCACCACCUGGAUUCCAUUUUGUUGAGUUGGAAUCAAUUAUCAGGCACUAUUCCUAACCAAUGGUCUGAAUAUCUCCUUGAAGGAAGUGGAAAACUCUUGAGUCUCAACAUGGACGCAAACAGGUUGACUGGGACCAUUCCAUCGGAAGUGGGACUCUUUCCCUUGAAACAGCUUAUGCUUAGGGAGAAUAAACUCAUGGGGUCACUACCAAAAGCGUUGUUUCAGCAAACUUCGCUGGAGACACUUAGAUUGACUGACAAUUCUCUUUCUGGCAGUAUACCAAGUGAAAUUGGAUUGCUAACAGGCCUGAGAUACCUAGAUUUGGAUCAAACUGAUAUUACCGGAAGCUUCCCCUCCGAAAUAGGUCUGGCAACUGUUAUGCGAGAGAUUCAUGUUUCCUACACUAACAUGCAAGGGACGCUCCCUGAAGAAUUGUUUAAACUCACAGAACUCAUGGCCUUCGCGGUCAACGAUUGCAACUUCUCCGGGACCAUCAGUUCAUCAGUUGGCCAAUUGUCGUGGCUUAUAUGGCUGCACCUGGCAAACAACAACUUCCAUGGCACCAUUCCCAAUGAGAUUGCUGCAUUGACGACUGUGAAUCAAGUGUUGGUGGAUGGGAAUGACCUCACUGGCACUUUUCCGGUAUCUGCCUGCGAGAACUUUUUUGCCCUUGACGAUGGAAAUUUCAAGGUUGUUGCAGACUGUUUGCCGAAUACAGACACUGGAGUUCCUGCCAUUGAGUGCGCUAGCAGUUGCUGCACUAGCUGUUGCGACGAGACUGGCCUUUGCCUUGCCAAUUGAUUGACUGAUUGACUUUUUCGGCAUCCAUUUUAACUUCACUACUAACAAUAGCUUUUAUGAGAGCACAUCAAUAAGAAGACGCGAGAGCAGAGCGCUCAUGAGGUGA